AUGUUAUUAACUAUGACAAAGGCCGUUGAGGACGUUCUUUCCAAGCACUUCAUUCAGACAAAGGUGGACAUCGCCUAUGCCAUCAACAAGCCUUUCCCUUUCUUUGAAGCCCUCCGAGACCACCACUUCAUCACUGAAGAAAUGUACAAGGAUUCUCAGGAAGCCUGUGAUAAUCUGCUUCCUGUACCCAGAGUGGUGUACAACGUUCUCAAGGGUCUGGAGCAGACUUUCCACCCUUCACUGCUACUGACAUUCAACCUAAGCGAAUACCCCAGCCUGGGAGCAGUUUUCAGAAGCUUCGAAAAUGUUGUUACUGCCUAUGAAGAGAAUAAGAGAAGUCCGCAAACCCUACCCCCACCACAACCAUCUCCACCAAACCAUCUGUCCUCUUCACCAAGAGUCGGUGAGCCUCAAGCAGGCUCAGUGCAAAUCAAUGAGAUCCGGCAUGAGCAUCCCAGUCCUUCUCACCCAGCUGAGCCUCCUCCUGGCUUCGUCCAGGAAGGAAAGACUACUCCAGGAAUGUCCAAUGAUGACACUUUAGAUUUUCUCUCUCCUACACUUCCUGUGACCUGUGGGAAGGCCAAAGGAAUUUUGUUCAAGCAGAAAAUGAGGCAAGGAUCCACAGGAAAAUGCAUUCAGAAUGAAUCAGGGGAUUGGCUCACUCCAAAGGAAUUUUUAAGGGAAGGGAAAAGGUUCAAGUCAAAAGACUGGAAGAGUGAUAUACGGUGCAAGCAGAAGACACUGAGAUUCCUGGAGCAGAAUGGACUUCUCUGA